UGACAAGACGUGUUUAUAGUUUGGUUCAGUUUUUUAAAAUGUUAUCCGCAAUCAAUUCUGAUAUACCUAAUAAAAAUACUAUAUUUAUUUUAAAUCAAGUAUUUGGAUGGGUAUAUUUUAUAGCUUGGUCUAUAUCAUUUUAUCCUCAAUGUUACACUAACUUCAAAAGGAAGAGUAUUAUAGGCCUGAAUCUAGAUUUUUUAACGCUCAAUAUCACAGGAUUCUUCUGUUAUUCAGUAUUUAAUAUAUCUAUUUUCCUAAUAUAUAGGAAUCAAAAAGAUCAUCCUGUUGAAAUCAAUGAUAUAGUAUUUAGCAUCCAUGCAUUUUUUCUAACUGUUUUUACUGGGAUACAGGCGCUGAUAUAUGAGAGAGGGACCCAGAAGAUCUCGAGAAUCAAUAACGUUAUACUGAUCUGCAUAGCACUCACCUUAGGAUCCGGAGUAGUUAGCCUUAUAGCGAAAUGGUUAAGCUUUAUUCAUUUCCUUUACCUGUUUUCUUACGUUAAAUUGUUUGUUACCUUGAUCAAAUAUAUCCCUCAGGCAUACCUCAAUUAUAAACGUAAGUCCACUGUUGGCUGGAACAUAUGGGGAAUAAUCCUGGAUUCCACGGGGGGAAUUUUUAGUUUUGCUCAAAUGGUUUUAUUAUCCUGCAGCGGUAGUAAAUCUAUGUCAAACCUUAAUUUUCUUUCAAAAAACUCGGGAGCAGUCGUCUUAAAUAGUCAUACCUACCCGGCUUGUGUGAAAGAAAUGUUUAUAUCGAAUCCAGUUAAGUUAAUGCUUGCUGCUAUCUCUCUAUCCUUCGAUAUUAUAUUUUACAUCCAGCAUUAUAUCCUUUACCGAGAAAACAAUGUUGCAAAUAACUUCUACCAAGAUAUUAGGGGAAAUAUCACUAGGAGAGAACUCGGUGUUAACGUAAGGGAUACUAGUCACUCCUCUCAGAUCAAUAUUCUUGAUAAUAAGAACACUGACGCAGAGGAGAACUCUGGUGUAAAGUAAAUUUUAAAAAAAUUGUGCAAUUAAAUUUUAUUUAUGUUAAUUUUUCUUAAAACAUUAAAAGAAUCUUUUUUUAAAAAAUCCAUAAUUAUAUAAGAUUUAAUAUAUACAAUAUACAUGUGUUUUAUACUUUUUAAAUUGUAUAUCGAUUCACCUUAAACUUAUAUUUUAAAAUAUUAUACAUGUACAUAAUUCUUUCCUUUAUAUUAUAUAUAUAUAUUGUGUUUAGAUUUAUUUAGAGAUUUAUACUUUAUAGAUUAUAUUAAUCGUGUUUAAUUUAUAUUAUAAUAACAUUUUAUCAUAAAUUAAAGUCCUUUUUGACUUGAUCUCUCUAAACAGUCAUAAAGUAGAAAUAACCUUAAAAUUGAUUAUAUUAGGUAAAAUUUCAGAUUAUUUUAUAUUAUUUUAGUGCAUUUAAAAUUAUUCGAAUAAAUUAUUAUUUUUGCU